GCUCGUUGCAAUUGCGUCAUACCCUUGAGACCUCUCCAACAUACAACGAUGGGACUGAAGCAAGAGAGCGCUAAUAAGACCUUUGGAGGCACCUUGACCAAGUAUGAGCUCACAGCCGACAAGCUAGGCCAGCUCACGACCAAAAUCAACGUCUUUGUACCUGGCGGCUCUGGGAAAUUCCCCGUGCUGCUCUAUCUCGCCGGUCUGACCUGCACAGAGGACAACGGCGCACAGAAAGGUGGCUUCUUCCAAUCUGCAGCGGAGCACAAGAUAGCACUCGUCUUUCCGGACACGAGCCCGAGAGGAGCAAAGAUCGAGUCCGAGGAUGACAGCUUUGACUUUGGGAGUGGAGCGGGCUUCUAUCUCGAUGCUACGAAGGAACCGUGGUCAAAGCAUUACAACAUGUCGAGCUAUUUGACCGAAGAGCUGCCGGCAUUGCUCAAAGAGGCCGAUCUGCCUCUUGACUUGAGCAGAACGUCUCUGAUGGGUCACUCCAUGGGCGGCCACGGUGCCAUCUCGCUCUACCUGAGGCAUCCUCAGCUAUACAAAUCUGCCUCUGGCUUCUCCCCGAUUGCAAAUCCGACGCAAUGCGGCUGGGGCGAGAAGGCCUUCAAAGGUUACCUGAAGGGUGGCGUCGAGGAAGGCAAGAAGUAUGACUCGACAGAGCUCAUUGCAGGCUUCAGGGGCAAAGACGUUCAUAUUCUCAUUGACCAGGGAACCGGCGAUGACUGGUACAAGAAGGGUCAGCUAUUGACGGAGAACUUCCAAAAGGCGGCGGGUCAAGCGGGUCUGAAUGAGGAGAGCGUCAAGAUCAGGAUGCAAGACGGAUACGACCACUCGUACUUCUUUAUCUCUACUUUUGCUAGUGAUCACGUCGCAUUUCACGCAAAGUACUUGCAUGCAUGA